CGCAUUCUGGGCAGGCGAUCUCCAAAAUCUUACGUCGCUGCGGAAUGAGUGGGACUGCUGCUGGCGACACCCGUCAAACGUGGAUUCCGUCUUCAAAUAUCGAGAACUGCUCGAGGUGUCCAGGCAACACAGGCGCCGGAAAUGGCUGGGCGUGCUCGCGGACAGCGACGUCCUCUUUCAAUGCACGGCCGAGGAAUUUCGGUCGUCAUUGGCGGCGAGAGGAAAUGGUAUCCAAUACCCAGGCGGGCGAUCGACCCGUUUGGGCCGCCAGCGCACUUGUCGUGGAAGCGGAGGUACACUCUGCGCCACAGCCGCCAAUACUAUCCGAACAGUGGCCUGAUCGUCGGCACGUCGGCUGGCAUGGAGGCGCUGGCCGGCGCCAUCGAGCAGAAUCCGCGCUUCCCGUGCUGCGCGUUGGAGGGCGAUACGGCGGGUUACCAGCUCGAUUCCUGCGCGUCGUGCCGCCCCUACCGCCACUUCCCAAAGCCCGUCUCGUGCGUGGUCGAGGACCAGGCGUGCAUGCAAGUCGCGCUGGCCUCGCGGCGGCACGCGCCUCAGCAUGUGGUGGAUAUCAACUCGUCGCUCAUCCUCAACCUUCACAUGCUCGCGCCCUCCGACCUCGCGCGCAGCAGCGACGGCCGCAUCGCCUUUCGGCACACUGGCAAGGUGCCGUGCGUACUUCACUCCAACGGCUUCAAGAGUGUCAUCGCAUCGCUCGAGAAGGAGUUCGGGCCGGACACCUUUACGUGGGCGGUGUCGCCGGAAAUGCGCCGAAGCCACCUCAACCCGCGAGACGAGCUGCCGGUGUUCAAGCGUGCCGGCGCCCUACUGCUGCCGACCGCGAGCCCUCGACGAGCCAAAGGAGGUCGGCCAAAAGCUCUUGCCGCAGCGCGGAGUUUGUGAUGCCGAGCUGAGUCUCUCUCUCUCUCUGAGCUGUGCCUGUGGGUUUCUAGCGUUGAGAGGCCCAUGACAGUCCUGACUCCUGAGCGGAGUCCUUUUCCAGGAGAGAGAUGUUUAGCAAUAGCACACAUCAUUGUUUUUGCCUUCCCAGUACGAUGCGGCUCGCUUAGCCUUAGGAAUCCUGAGUUGUUUUCGGCGGCUUGCUCUCUUUCAGCCCUUGUCUGUUUUUAGCAAUACC